AUUAGCAAGAACAGCAGAGUGUUGGUAGGCUGCGGCUCGAGCUAAAUAUGGAGCUGUAUAACUAUUUCGCAAAACUAACAUGGUUAAACUUUGACGAGUUUUGCUUCUAUCAUGUCCUGGCGGUGCUGUGCAUUAUCUACAUUUCAGCAGUACUUGUUAAAUGGUCGAUAAGGAGAAAUCAGUGGAAGCAUGCGUUGAAGCAGUUUCCUGGACCUCCUGGUCACUGGCUUUUCGGACACAUCCCAGAGUUUAAGCAAGAUGGAACAGAUUUGGAUAAGAUACCCAAAUGGGGAGAACAAUAUCCCUUUGCUUUCCCAAUGCAGUUUUCCCCAGAUAGUAUAUUUCUGAUUGUCCAUCAUCCAUCUUACAUCAAGCCCAUUCUGGCAACAUCAGGACCAAAGGAUGACUUUGGAUAUAGAUUUCUUAUUCCUUGGAUAGGACAAGGUUUACUUGUUAAUGAUGGGCAGAAAUGGUUUCGCCAUAGGCGGCUUCUCACACCAGGCUUCCAUUAUGAGAUCUUAAAGCCUUAUGUAAAGCUAAUGGCAGAUUCAGCCAAUGUUAUGCUUGACAAGUGGGAAGUGUAUGCAAGAACAGGGCAGACCUUUGAACUUUUUCAGCAUGUUAGUCUGAUGACACUGGACAGCAUAAUGAAGUGUGCCUUUAGCUGUCAAAGCAACUGCCAGACAGAGAAGUCCAACCCAUACAUAAAGGCAGUGUAUGAACUGUGUAACCUUGUUAAUCUACGAUUUCGUGUCUUUCCAUAUCACAAUGACAUAAUUUUUCACAUGAGUCCGCAUGGCUUCAGAUACAGAAAAGCAUGCAAAAUUGCACACACCCAUACAGAUAAAGUCAUAAGACAGAGAAGAGAAACUUUAAAUGAGAAAAAUAAACAGGACGAUGCUCAGCUGAAGAGAUAUUUAGACUUUCUGGAUAUUCUUCUAUGUGCUCGGGAUGAGCAGCAGCAAGGCUUGUCAGAUGAAGACAUUCGAGCUGAGGUGGACACUUUUAUGUUUGAGGGACAUGACACUACUGCCAGUGGUAUCUCCUGGAUCUUCUACAGCUUGGCCUGUAAUCCUGAUCAUCAGCAGAAGUGCAGGGAGGAGAUCCAGCAAGUGUUGAUGGGAAAGGACACCAUAGAGUGGGAGGACCUCAGUAAAAUACCAUACACCACAAUGUGCAUUAAGGAAUCCCUGCGUAUGUACCCUCCUGUUCCGGACAUUGGACGAAUGUUGAGCAAGCCUAUUACUUUUUUUGAUGGAAAAACAGCUCCUGCAGGUUGUAUUAUUGGAAUCAGUAUUUAUGGAAUUCAUCACAACCCUACAGUUUGGGAAAACCCAAAGACGUUUGAUCCGCUACGCUUUUUGCCAGAGAACACUGCUGAGAGAUCACCCCAUGCAUUUGUGCCUUUCUCAGCUGGACCAAGAAACUGCAUUGGCCAGAACUUCGCUAUGAAUGAGAUGAAAGUGGCCGUGGCUCUGACACUGAGGAAGUAUGUCCUGAUCAAAGAUCCAGAAAAUAUUCCAAAGAUGAUUCCUCGAAUAGUGCUUAGAUCUCUCAAUGGGAUCCACCUUAAGAUAAAAUUAGUGGAAAAUGUGGACUGAGAAGAUAUAAAUUGUCUAAAAAUAAAAUUACAAGCAUUAUUAUGAUAUUUGCUAUUGAUUCAUGACUUGAAUUCCAUAAUUAAUUGAAAACUCCAAAAAUAGUAAUAUUUAGUAAAAACAGUAAUAAAAUAUUAGCAAGCUUUUGAAAACACCUUUUUUUUAGUAAAAUGGUCAUUUAAUGAGAAGAAUGUGUAUAAUUGUGAGGGUUGCCCAUUAGAGGGCACUGUUUAGUUUGUAGUUUUUGUUGGUAGACUCAGUUUCCCAGAAGGCACCUCGGUCAGGUGAUGCGGGUGCUCACCUGAACGAGGUAGCUCGUCACUCUUGUUAUAAAUAGCUGGUUGUUCUGAGAAACUGGGUCGAGCAUUAAUGUGAGCUCUGUUAAGUGGGUUUUGUUUUAGUUUGUUUAAUUAUUGUUGGCAUUUUCGUUUCUGGAGCUUUAAGUAAAGUUUAUAUUUGUCUUAAGUUAGUAUGUCUCUUUGUCUCCUAGCAGUCUAUGUCUCCUUAGCCUCUAGGAGAUUAGCCUUGUGUGUUUACCCUCGUGUGAGUAACCUCCUCUGCAUGUAUAGUUUUUAGUCUGUAUAAAUACUACCCGUGCACUACUAACCUGCUUAGAUCUAAGUCUGUCUAGUCUCCUUGUCUGUUUACAUCAUAGUCUGUUUAGGUACUAACCUGUUUAGCCACUAACCUUUUAGAGUUCUUAGUCUGUUUCCUACCUAGUUUGCUGUGUACCUAGUCUGUCCGCCCCUUGGGUCUCUGGCUACUAGCCUGGUUAGCAAUUAGUCUGUUUAGCUACUACAGUAGCUAGCUUAACAGCUAAUGUGCAUAACAGCUAGUAGGCCUAGCAAAGUCUGUCUUGUGUGUGUUUAGCCCUUUGCAUGUAUUGUCCCUAGUGUUCAGUCCGCUAGUCUGUUUAGUGUGUCUUGUCUCGUCUAUUAUAUUAGAUUCUAAUCCCUAGUCUGUGUAUUUUAAAGUGUUAUGAGAUUUUGUUUAUAGCAUGCUCCAAUGUAAAGUCAACUUGUUUUCUUUUUAUUAUUAAAAGACUUUGUUUGCCAUCAUCGCCCUCUGCGUCUGUGCCUUGCC